UCAAAAGGCAUAUCUGAAGUCCAAAGUAAAAUCAGUUAACUUGUUUCUCAAAUGAUGGAUUCUACCGAAGAUUCAGCAAGUAAGUCUAAGUCAAUUUGUCAAGAGAAUUUGAGUAUGAAUGAAAGCAAACGCCCAUCAGUAAAUAAUGCACCCAUUGUAAUAAAGAAAGAAAAAGAAUCUCCUGAGAGAAAUAUUUUCCCUAAAUCAAUAACGGUGACUGUUGAUAAUGAAACUGUUGUACUAACCAGUAAUAACGUCUAUGAUUUGACUGGCAAGCGGAUUAAAUCUGAAAAAAGCGAACUUGAACGUGAUCGUGAAUAUGAUUCAAGUGUUAAACCGAUUAAACCUAAAAAAAAGAAAACCUUGCAGACACGAAAUAAACAACGAACUCUAGGAAAGAAAAGGGGCGCAGAUGACUGUAAUGAUCAGGACUGUGUCAAUAACAUUGUAGAAGACAAUUCUGAAAAUGCAGCUGUUGAUACACAGACUGGGGACCCACUAGGCGGUGGAGCGCAUAAAGUACCAAAUGAGAAAAUCUCGCAAAAAUACAAACGCCUGCCCAAUCGUAAAAGAAUUCUAGUAAUAAAUGAUGACAGUGAUUAGUUAUUAUAACAUUCUACUUUUACAUUCAAUUUUGUAUAACUUUUUAUUUUUAUAUGUAAUUAUCUUUUCUGAAUAAAUGUGAACUAUGCUUUAAA